UAUAUAUAUAUAUGCGUGUGUUUAUGCAAUUACUACAAAGAGUGUCAAUCAAUUUGUCCGCUUCUUUCUCUCUCUAAAUUCUGUUUCCGUCUCUCUCUCUAAAAUUGAUGAUACAUCAAGAUGGGAGAUGAAGGGGAAUCGCUUCUAAUCAGCAACAAACCAUACUCGCGAAGUGUUUCGCACGCGUACGACGAGUUACACAGCUUCAGAUCGUGGCUUCGAUGGAUGUGUGUGGAUCAAUCCAAUUGGUGGACCGCUUGUCUCUCGUGGUUCGUUUUCCUUCUCUUCGCCAUCGCCGUUCCGGCUCUGUCGCAUUUCUUUCUCGCCUGUUCCGAUUGCGAUGCGAAACACGGUAGGCCCUUCGACGCCGUCGUCCAGCUCUCGCUCAGCAGCGUCGCCACGCUGUCGUUUUUGUGCCUCACUCGUUUCGUGAAGAAGUUCGGCCUCAGGAGAUUCCUCUUCUUCGAUAAGCUUUGUGAUGAGAGCGAGACGGUGAGGAAGGGUUAUACAGCACAGCUCAAUAGUUCACUGAAGAUCCUCUUCUUCUUCGUUCUACCUUGUUUCACUGCUGAGAGUGCAUACAAGAUUUGGUGGUACAGUUCAGGGGCCACUCGUAUUCCCUUCUUGGGCAAUGUUUACGUGAGUGACACUGCAGCAUGCAUCCUAGAGCUGUGUUCAUGGCUUUAUCGGACAGUGGUCUUCUUCCUGGUCUGUAUUCUCUUCCGUCUGAUCUGUUAUCUACAGAUUCUCCGACUACAAGACUUUGCUCAAGUUUUCCAGGGGGAUUCUGAUGUGCAAUCAGUGUUGAGAGAACACCUCAGGAUCAGGAGGCAUCUGCGGAUCAUAAGUCAUAGGUACCGUGUAUAUAUCUUGUGGGCCCUAAUAUUCAUUACAGUGAGUCAGUUUGCCUCCCUUCUCAUGACAACAAGUUCCUCCUCGGAUGUCAAUAUAUACAAAGCUGGUGAACUUGCGCUAUGCUCCAUCAGCCUUCUUGUUGGGCUAAUGAUUUUACUGCGAAGUGCAACGAGAAUCACACACAAGGCACAAGCUAUCACGUGCCUUGCAGCUAAGUGGCAUGUGUCUGCAACAAUAGAAUAUUUUGAUACAGCCGAAAGUGAGACUCCAAUGGCUCAGGCUACCAGUAACCGAAUUUUUCCAGUGAGUGAUUUGUCAUCGGACAUCGAUGAUGUUGGUGAUGAAGAAGACGAUCUGGACAACACCAAACUCAUCCCAGCAUAUGCAUAUAGUUCAAUUUCUUUUCAGAAAAGGCAAGCCUUAGUGACAUAUUUUGAGAACAACAGAGCUGGGAUUACAGUAUAUGGAUUCAUGCUGGACAGGACUUCGCUUCACACCAUAUUUGGAAUAGAGUUGUCCCUUGUCCUCUGGUUGCUUGGGAAGACCAUUGGUAUUUCUUAAGCCAUUCUUUACAUCAUGAUAUGGCUGCUUUCACUUACCCACUUGUGGAUAGGUGGCGGGUGCAUGUAGAUUUUUUUUUUUUUUUAAUUUUUAUUUAUUGGCUUCAGAUUUUGUAUUUUAUUUCAUUGUAUUAUUUAUUCAUUUUCUUUUUAUUUUCAUGAGUUGUUUUAUUUUUGUCAUUUGUUAUUGUAAUCAUGCAUGUGCUAUCUUAGGUGAGAGAAGCUAUGGUCAAACUAUGUUUUUGGCCAUACAAAUUAGCAAAGAUGAGUUUAUGAAUUUUUAUUUAUUUUUCUUA